AUUGUAUAACCAUUUCAGUUUGCUUAAAUUCGCCUUAAGCUCAACUAAAGCAUCAAUAAAUUGCUCAAUUCGAAUCAAGCAAAGCGAUAUUUUGCUGCAUAAUUCAAUUACUGACACCUGUGCAGUACGCCCCUCCCCCACUCUAUCAAGUUUGAUACGGAAAUUCCAGCGCUACGCUCGAGUGCAAGUGGAGGCUGGCUAGCUGACCGCACCCACAAUUAACGGUACAAAAUGCACCUGAGUGCCGAUAUUUCCAGUGCCCUACAGCAAAUCGAGGCUGUGAAAAAGGGCAUUGACGAAUCGGAAGAUGCCAAGCUGCAAAUGCAAACGGCGGAUAGUUUAAAUACGAUAAUGGGUAUAUUAACGGAUCCCGUUUUUCGUACCAUUGCCCAUGUUCAGGAGUCAUUGUACGAGCUGGGCAUACAGCUGGGCCAACAUCCGUCCAUGUUGCCGAACGACUUCGACAUUGAUGUUUCAGGAAAUUUGGUGCUCAGCCUGAAUGGCGGCGAUGUCAUGUACGAUUCGUCUGCCCCGGCCAGUCCGGACAAGUCCAGUUCCACGGGUGGCGACGUGGAGCAACGUCCACAAAGUCAAAAUUCCAAGUCAGCUGCUGCGGAUCUAUAUGCCACAGACUAUGCCCAGAUCCAGGCCAUUGAGCUGGUCAACGACGGCACAGGUCUAGGCUUUGGCAUAAUUGGUGCACGCAAUUCGGGCGUUAUUGUAAAGACCAUUCUACCAGGGGGCGUGGCCGAUCGUGAUGGGCGCCUGCGCUCUGGAGAUCACAUUCUCCAGAUUGGCGAUGUGAACCUUCACGAGAUGGUCUCUGAGCAGGUAGCCGCAGUGCUUCGACAAUCGGGCACCCAUGUGCGUCUUGUUGUGGUGCGUCCGAUUGAGCAAAACUUGCCUACGCCACAAUAUGCCUUGGAGCCGGGCAGCGCCGUGGUGCCUACGCGUGUGCUCAGCGAUCCUGCCGAGCUGGAGCGUUAUCUCAUAUCAACUGGCUACCCGGAGAUAUUUGGCGAGAGCUCGACGGCCUCAACGCCACAAACCACGACGGAGGAUGAGCGCUUUGUGUAUCGUGGUGAGACAUCGAUGCUAAUUGAUCCCAGCAUCGAUUUGGACGAGCUGCUGGCCUUGCCAGAAACGGAGAAACUGCAGGUGGAACUGAAGAAAGAUGCGAAUGGUCUGGGCAUCACCAUUGCCGGUUAUGUUUGCGAAAAGGAAGAACUUUCCGGAAUCUUUGUAAAGAGCGUCUCUCCGGGCUCAGCGGCUGAUCUGAGCGGACGCAUACGCGUUAACGAUCGCAUCAUCGAGGUGGAUGGCCAAUCGCUGCAGGGAUAUUCCAAUCACCAGGCUGUGGAGCUGCUUAAAAAGUCUGGUCAAGUGGUAAAUUUGCGGCUAGAGCGUUACCUACGCGGCCCCAAAUACGAGCAACUGCAGCAAGCCAUUGCUGCCAAUGCCAACGAAAAGCUGCCUACUAGUUCACCAGGCACGCCCUCUCGUGCUCCCUUGCCCCCACCCCCAGCCACGCCUUCGUCUACGACAGUUAGCAGAGAGGCAGAGGAUGAGACGCUGCCUGCGCCGGAAGCCUUUAUGAUGACCACGCCGCCUUCGAGCUCGCUGGCUACCACCACCACGCUGAGCAGCUUUGGUGCGGGCAAGCAGUUGUUAGCUGUGCGAGAUUCCCUAGAAGGAGCGUCUAAGAUUGUGGCCACAGACGUUGUAGCUGAUAAGCAGGAAGCAGCUGUACACGCAAAGAACUCGAGCCUUAUAACACGCCAUAAGUACUACAUGGAGCCAGAGCUGACCGAGGAAGUGGAGGCGGAGAUCGUACGCAAAUGGCAAAAGAUAGUGGGCAAUGAUAUGGAGGUGAUUGUGGCGCAAAUCAAAAAGUUUGCUGUUGGCGGUUUGGGCAUCUCCUUGGAGGGCACCGUGGAUGUGGAAGGUGGCCGAGAGGUGCGCCCACAUCAUUAUAUACGCUCCAUACUGCCCGAUGGCCCAGUCGGAGUGAAUGGCGUGCUUCGCUCUGGCGAUGAGUUGUUGGAGGUCAAUGGCGAGCGACUGUUGGGCAUGAAUCAUCUGGAAGUUGUGGCCAUAUUGAAGGAGCUGCCAUUGGAUGUGCGUAUGGUGUGUGGACGCAGCAAGGUGACUUCGCUGCUGCCCUUCUCGGAUGAUACGCUCAAGAAGCUGAGCAACAACUUUGAGAAUUUACUGCCGGCCACAGAUCGUCUGGUCAAGGCCAAGUCCGAUGGCAGUCUGGCCACAGCUGGCUCCGUGGCUGACGCGGACUCAGUGGCCGUGGCAGCUGCGUCUUUUAACAAAUUGAAAUCUCGUUCUCUGGAACCGCUCACCGGCUUGGCCAUGUGGUCGUCGCAGCCGCAGAUUAUAGAACUAGUGAAAGGGGAUCGCGGCUUGGGCUUCUCUAUAUUAGAUUACCAGGAUCCAUUGGACUCGAACGAUACACUGAUUGUCAUCCGUUCGUUAGUCCCUGGCGGCGUGGCUCAGCUGGAUGGCAGGCUAAUACCGGGCGACCGUUUGCUAUUUGUCAACUCGAUUAAUUUGGAGAACGCUUCGUUGGAUCAGGCUGUGCAGGCCUUGAAGGGUGCACCCAAGGGCGUGGUACGCAUUGGUGUGGCCAAACCGCUGCCCAUGACGGAUAAUUCGCUGAAGGCGUGCAGCAAUGCCAGCACCACCAGCGAAGAGACGUUGGAUGCGCAGCAAUCCCCACCAGCGCUGCCCACAGCAGCGCCUCCAACAGCCGUCAAGGGCGCAGAGCCGGAUCUUAUACCCGACUGGAGGAAGUAGAUGCUGCCGAUCAAAAGCUGUUAUUAUUAUUAUUAUAUUUGUAUUAGACAAACAAUUAUGUUAUGCACCAAUUGUGUUGACCAGAGCCGCCAAAGGAAGCGCGGCUCGGCUUGUCCCCAAUCAUGGACAGCUGCAUUCCCAACAAUCGCAAUAUUUUCAUUCCCCUUGGAGUAUUAGUUAAGUGUGUGUGAAUUUAAUGUACUUACAACUAAAUAAAUUAUGCAAAUCGUUUACAAUA